UUCCGCCGUGUUUGUUUGAAGUCAUGGCGGACGCCUUUGGAGACGAUUUGUUCAGCGUGUUUGAUGAAGAACAGGCCGGUUCUAGCAAAAAAGCUGCUCCAAAGUCGGCCGCUCAGGCAGGUAAGAGUCCUGAUCAAGCAGGGAAACAGCAGGCUGAUUCAGCAGCUGGCCGCAAAAGAGAUGCUGACAGUGAUGCUCCAGAUGAGCUGCUGCUUGGGAAGAGACAGAAGCUGGAAACAGUGUCAGCUGAGGAGAUCAAUCUGUCAGAGCUCAUGCCUAAAGUGAAGGCGGAGCAGGUGGAGACGGUGGAGGGCUGCACUCAUGAGGUGGUUCUUCCUGCAGACGAGGAAUACACGCCACUGAAACCACGCGUUGGAAAGGCAGCUAAGGAGUACCCCUUCAUACUCGACUCUUUCCAGCGUGAGGCCAUCCUGUGCCUCGAUAACAACCAGUCUGUGCUUGUGUCGGCCCACACAUCGGCAGGAAAGACCAUAUGCAGGUACGCCAUUGCUCUGGCUCUCCGAGAAAAGCAGCGAGUGAUCUUCACCAGCCCCAUCAAAGCUCUGAGCAAUCAGAAGUACAGAGAGAUGUACGAAGAGUUCCAGGAUGUGGGUCUGAUGACCGGUGAUGUCACCAUUAACCCCACGGCUUCCUGCCUGGUUAUGACCACCGAGAUUUUGAGGAGCAUGCUAUACAGAGGGUCAGAGGUUAUGAGGGAGGUGGCAUGGGUCAUCUUUGAUGAGAUCCAUUACAUGAGAGACUCAGAGCGUGGAGUGGUCUGGGAGGAAACCAUCAUCUUACUGCCAGACAACGUGCAUCAUGUCUUCCUGUCUGCCACCAUUCCCAACGCUCGACAGUUCGCUGAGUGGAUUUGUCACCUCCACAAACAGCCCUGCCACGUGGUGUACACAGACUACCGCCCCACUCCACUGCAGCACUACAUCUUUCCAGCAGGGGGCGAUGGACUCCACCUUGUUGUGGAUGAGAACGGAGAGUUCAGAGAAGACAAUUUUAACACGGCAAUGCAGGUCCUGAGGGACGCGGGGGACACGGGAGGCAAUGCUGGGGGCAAAUGGGACCCCAAAGGCAGAAAGGGUGGAACCAAAGGUCCAUCCAAUGUCUUUAAGAUUGUGAAGAUGAUCAUGGAAAGGAACUUCCAGCCGGUGAUCAUCUUUAGCUUCAGUAAGAAAGAAUGUGAGGCUUACGCACUGCAGGUGGCCAAACUGGAUUUCAACACAGAUGACGAGAAGAAACUGGUGGAAGAAGUGUUCAACAACGCCACAGACUGCCUGUCUGACGAAGACAAAAAGCUGCCUCAGGUGGAGCAUGUUCUGCCGUUGCUGAAGAGAGGAAUUGGAAUUCAUCAUGGCGGCCUCCUCCCGAUCCUGAAAGAGACCAUUGAGAUCCUGUUCUCUGAGGGGCUGAUAAAGGCCUUGUUUGCUACAGAAACGUUUGCCAUGGGAAUCAACAUGCCUGCGAGAACCGUACUCUUCACCAGUGCACGCAAAUUUGACGGCAAAGACUUCCGCUGGAUCACCUCUGGAGAGUAUAUCCAGAUGUCAGGACGUGCUGGCAGAAGAGGAAUGGACGAGAGGGGAAUAGUCAUAUUCAUGGUGGAUGAGAAGAUGAGCCCUGCGGUGGGCAAACAGUUACUAAAGGGUUCGGCGGAUCCUCUGAACAGUGCGUUCCACCUGACCUACAACAUGGUGCUCAAUCUACUGCGUGUGGAGGAGAUCAACCCCGAGUACAUGCUGGAGAAAUCCUUCUACCAGUUCCAGCACUAUAGAGCUGUGCCUGGUGUUGUGGAGAAGAUGAAAAAGCUGGAGGAGGAGUAUAAUGCAAUACGAAUCCCUAACGAAGAGAGCAUGGUGACCUACUACAAGAUCCGUCAACAGCUUGCCAAACUAAGCAAAGAAAUCGAGGAGUUUAUUCACAAACCUAGAUAUUGCCUGCCCUUCCUGCAGCCGGGCAGACUGGUCAUGGUGAAAAAAGAAGAUCUGGAUUUUGGUUGGGGUAUAGUCGUCAGUUUCCACAAGAAGACAAAUGUCAAGGCUGCAGGUGGUGAUGCUGACCCAUUGUUUGUGGUGGAGGUUCUGCUUCACUGCAGCAAAGACAGUGUGAAGAACGCGGCCACGGAGGCAGCCAAACCGCCAGGCCCAGGAGAAAAGGGCGAGAUGCAGGUUGUUCCUGUGAUUCUUCAUCUCAUCACCUCCAUUAGCUCUGUGCGCCUCUACAUCCCCAAAGACCUGCGGCCGUAUGAAAACCGGCAGAGCAUGCUCAAAUCCAUACAGAUUGCAGGUGACAUUAAAGCGGCGAAGCACGAGCUAAAGAAAGCACGCACCGUGCUGCAGAUGGAUGAGCUGAAGUGCAGGAAGCGUGUGCUACGGCGCCUGGGAUUCGCCACUUCCUCUGAUGUCAUCGAGAUGAAAGGCCGUGUGGCCUGUGAGAUCAGCAGUGCAGAUGAGCUGCUGCUGACAGAGAUGGUGUUUAACGGGCUGUUCAACGACCUGACGGCGGAGCAGGCCACCGCGCUUCUCAGCUGCUUUGUCUUCCAGGAAAACGCUAACGAGAUGCCCAAACUGACGGAGCAGCUGGCCGGACCGCUGCGACAGAUGCAGGAAUGUGCCAAGCGUAUUGCUAAGGUGUCUGCGGAGGCCAAGCUGGACGUGGAUGAGGACACUUACCUGAACCAGUUCCGCCCGCACCUGAUGGAUGUGGUCUACACCUGGGCCAACGGCUCCUCAUUUUCUCAGAUAUGCUAAAUGACAGACGUGUUUGAAGGCAGUAUUAUCCGCUGCAUGCGUAGAUUGGAGGAGCUCUUGAGGCAGAUGUGCCAGGCAGCCAAGGCCAUUGGAAACACAGAGCUGGAGAACAAGUUUGCCACGGGUAUAACGAAGAUUAAGAGGGAUAUCGUGUUUGCUGCCAGUCUUUACCUGUGAAUCCAGAGGUUUAUAUAUUUGUUUGCUAUUUUUUCCAUUUUGCAUCAAAACACUGAAGGACAGAAUUUAAAUGAAACAUUAUUUUUAUUUGUUUGUCAACGAGCAUAAUGGGUUUUGGUUUCCAUCAUAAAAGCGCAACAUUUUGCACAUAGUUUUAACAAUUUUAAUUACAAAAAAAUGUUUUUUUUAAAACAGUCUGUAUAGCGAUUUUUUUUUUUUAUACAGAUAAAAAAAGUUUUUCUUUUGUGGCUUAAUAGAGGUACACUUAUAUUAGUUUUUGGAGAUACAGAGGAAGCUGUGGUAGCAGCAGAGGCAGUCCAGCCAAGGCACGUGGGACUGCAUCCAUAGAGAGUCUGGA